AUGACAGACGUUCCAGUGACUUUCAGUCAGGUUGAGUGUAAUGGGGAUACACUACCUGAAAAAGGUCAACAACCAAUCACUAAAAUCAACGAAGAAGCCAAUGAUGUGGAUGGCACCCUACCAUACUGUAGGGUAGAACCCAGUCUUGAAGAUUUACCCACAGAAGGAAAUCAGAAGAAGAGUGAAAAAUUACAAAGGAACAUGCUGCGCAACUGGUCCAUGGAUGAGAAGAUUCUAAAAGAAAAACCAGAGGAGACUCUCUUUAUUGUUCACAAGGCUAUCACAGAUCUUUCUCUCCAAGAAACAAGUGUUGAUGAAAUGACGUUCAGAGAAGGGCAUCAGUGGGAGAAGGUUCAUCUGAGCAGCGGUAACCAGGAAAUAAGCAGACCAAAGGAAAGGAUUGCUGAACAACCUCUAGAAGAGAGAGAAGAUGAGGAUAGGAAGAACAAAACUCAGCAGGCAGCUGAAAUUGAAUGGCUGGGAUUUCAGAAACCUUGCCAAGUUGAUGUGUUUCAUUCUAAACAUGACGAGGAACAAGAUGUUUGGGAUGAAGAAAUUAACAACACUGAUGAUGAUGAUUGCAAUGAUGACAAAGAUGAAGUUCGAGUGAUAGAAUUUAAGAAAAAAAAUGAAGAGGGUUCUCAAUUACAAGAGGAAGCCGAUGUAAGUGAGGACUCCCCACUGAGCAACCCCAGUUCCCAACCUGAGACACCUGAUGAGCAGCCACCCUUUGGGAAGAAGAGUGAUAUCUCCAGAAAUGCUUAUUCAAGGUACAAUACAAUAUCCUAUCGGAAAAUCAGGAAGGGGAACACCAAGCAAAGAAUUGAUGAAUUCGAGUCUAUGAUGCAUUUAUAA